AUGGCGCCAAACGCGAGCACUGCCGCAGGGCAGUUAAAGCAGGCCAGUGGUCUGAUCGACAAGCUCCAGUCGAGUACGGACGAGGUUCUCAAUGCUGCCAAAACAUCGCCCGAGUUCCGCAACGCCGAGCAUGAGGCCAAGGAACGAAGAAUUGCGCAAAUGAUGGCGGAUCAGAUGUCGAUGCCCAUGACCGUCAAUGAGAUCUCAGUCCAUGGUGCCAAGAACAUUCGGCGAGGCUUUCUGGGCCCAAUCUUCUCCCCGUUGCUCCGCGAUGGCUCUAGCGCGCCUUCUACUGUUGGCGAUGUCAUGGCCAAGCUUCAAAUGGCGAGUUCAAAGCUCUCUGGGUUGCAGAUUCUAAGAGAACCUCCAGAGAUAUACUUGUCACAGGCCAGCCAGGUCGACCCCUCUACGAGCCCAAGCGAUGUCAACAUAUCCAUUGGAUUGAAAGAACUUCCCCUAUUCAAACUCCAAACUGGUACCGAUGUGGGUAAUGGUGAAGGGUCGGCCUACGGAUCUCUACUUUGGAGAAACAUGUUUGGCGGAGCAGAAAUGCUGACCUUGAAUGCCAAAGCCGGAACACGGACAAGAUCAGCCUACAGCGCCAACUUGAGUGCUCCAGUAUUGAGUGAUCCCGACAGGCGAAUUUCGCUGGAAGGACUAGCAUCGGCUGCGGAAAAGCCAUGGGCGUCACAUGAAGAGGUAGUGAAGGGGGCCUCUUUGCGCUUCUCCUGGCUUAAUGCUGAAAGAGACACGCAUUCAGUUGAAUAUUCCGGCGCAUGGCGACAAAUCACUGGCCUGGGGCAAGGUGCUAGCCCUACAGUUCGUCAGGAUGCUGGCGAUACGAUAAAAAGCGCCAUCAAACACACUUUCCAUCGAGAAAGGCGUGACAAUCCACAGCUCCCCCAAUCCGGUUACAUGCUACGGUCUGGGCUGGAACUUGCUGGUAUCGGCCCCCUCGGCGGCGAUGUCUCCUUCUCCAAGGGCGAGGUUGAAAUGAGCGGUGCCAUCCCCAUCCCACUGCCCGGCGCUCAAGAGCGAUCAGGUGCAUCUGUCGGAGCAGGUUUCAGAAUGGGCAUGCUCUAUCCUCUACCUCUGGGCUUCGACCUAGGCGGCAAGUCGGCACCUAGCCGUCUGAAUGACCGCUUUCAGCUGGGCGGACCGACCGACGUUCGUGGAUUCAAGCUCGGCGGCCUCGGGCCUCACGACGGUGUAGACGCAGUAGGAGGCGAUCUGUUCGCUGCUGCAAGUGUAAAUAUGCUGCUGCCCCUUCCGUAUAAAGGACCAGAAUCUGGCCUCCGCUUCCAAAUGUUCGCCAACGGCGGCCGGCUGGUCGCUCUGAAGAACAGGAGCAAGUCGACGGAGGCUGGAUUGCAAGGACUGAGUGGCAGCGCCGUCCGCGAUGGCAUGCUCGGUGCCGUUGGGGAUUUAUUCAACGGCGCGCCCAGCAUGGCUGCUGGUGUCGGCCUUGUGUAUGCUCACCCUGUAGCCAGGUUUGAGCUCAACUUUAGUCUGCCUCUGAUCCUUCGCCGGGGCGAGGUUGGAACUAAAGGCUUUCAGAUGGGAGUUGGCAUCAACUUCUUGUAA